CCAGAGGAUGAUGUCGAUUUAGAGGCCCUGGUGAAUGAUAUGAACUCUUCGCUGGAGAGCCUGUACUCCACCUGCAGUGGUCAGCAGACAGAGUCAACCCCACUACUGCACAAUGGACAGACCUCUUCCUCACACCACCAUCAACAUCACACGCAACACAACCAUCCUCGGCAGGGUCAGCACUCACAUGCGCUAAGCCACGCCUCCCCAGAGCUGCCCUCCUCCACGUCCGUGGACUCCCACCAAACCGGCCUCCGGCGGUCACAACCCAUGCACAUCCUUGCUGUCAGGAGAUUGCAGGAGGAGGAGCAGCAGCUGAGGACAUCAUCUCUCCCGGCCAUCCCCAACCCCUUCCCCGAGCUCUGUAGUCCAGCAAGCUCCCCUGUCCUCAGUCCUGGCUCCCUACCUCCUGGAGAACCCUCCACUGGCAACUAU